GAACUAACUUUAGAUAAUAUUGCGCAUUGCAGGACUUAUUUCCCUGUUGCACCGGAAAACCCGAUGUCGAUUUAGCGUUGCACAAAGCUUUCUUCCGGUCUCUAUCGUGUCAGCCUUAAGAGAGAGAUGACGAAGGGAACCUCGUCAUUCGGAAAGCGGCGCAACAAGACGCACACACUGUGUCGUCGCUGUGGCUCCAAGGCUUACCAUCUUCAGAAGUGUACCUGUGGGAAGUGUGGAUACCCUGCAAAACGCAAGAGAAAGUACAACUGGAGCGUUAAGGCCACGAGGCGCAGCACCACUGGAACAGGUCGCCUGAGGCAUCUGAAGGUCGUCUACCGCAGAUUCAGAAACGGAUUCCGAGAAGGAACAACCCCCAAGCCCAAAAGAGCAGCGGUGGCAGCCUCUGGCUCAUCCUAGACACUUUGUUUGAAAUAAAUGUGCUGUUAAAAUUAUUUCUGUCUUUUGUCUUUGUGCCAGCCAUAAUGAUGUUUAUUAAGAUGUAUAACUUCAUUAUGUUGGACAUUAAGUAAAAUGUUUUGAAACUUG